AUGUUGCAGCUGCAUCCUUCGAAAUUCAGCUUCUCAGCUGCAAAAAUUCAACAUGUAGCCAUCGCAGGAAAUGCAUCAACCCGAAUUAUUUCACCCAACUUCCCGUUCCCCUAUCCGAACUAUGUCAACAAGACGUGGAUCAUCAGCACUGAGGAGAACCACAAGAUUGCCAUCAAAUUCUUUGAGUUCAGGGUCGAUACGCGGUAUGACGGCGACUUCCUCCAGAUUGGCGACGGUACGGACGUCACUGCGAACCAGUUCUUUCAGGAGAAUGGGUUCACGCUCCCGCCCAAACUGCUGUCCAAUGGGAAUGAGAUGUGGAUGCGAUUCAUUACCGACUACUGGCGGGCUGCUGCUGGAUUUGUGCUGGCGGCUGCCAGUGUUCCCGUGACAGACGAGGACCGCAUCGUUUACAUUGGGGCAAACGACACAGUUGAGCUUGCCUCGACUAGAUACCCGGACUAUUACGUCAACGACAUCCAGAUAACUUGGAUCAUCCAAACCGAAGAAGCUCGCAGGAUCCGCAUUUCCUUUACCCGGUUUUCUACUGAGUAUUGGUAUGACGUCUUCCAGGCCGGUGAUGGUGACAGUAGCGCCCACAAUAUGUUCUUCCAGUGGAGUUGGUACAGAAACCCGCCCGAUCUGCUGUCAGCUGGAAAUACCAUGUGGCUUCGGUUCACUGCUGACGAAAGUUACCAACGACAAGGGUUUCUGCUGACGGCAUCAAGCGUACCUGCCUCUGACAAUUUGACAUGUUCCCCUAACCAGUUUGACUGUGGGCAUUCUGUGUGUAUCGCCUCUUCCUGGCAGUGUGAUGACGUGUCAGACUGUUUUGAUGGACGGGAUGAACUAAGCUGUGGUACUCAUGAAAUAUUCCUCAGUGCCAAUGAAACAGCCGCCAUAUCAAUUUCAUCCAUUCACAUUAACUCCAUGUGGCUCAUUCAGACUGUGGAAGACCGGAAGGUUCUCAUCACUUAUCCCACCGGUUACUUCUCUUUGAGUGGAUCCUUCGUAUUGCGAGCCGGUGAUGGUGACGAUAGUACCAACAACACAAGUGUCUUUUUUGAAUGGAGGAGAAGGUCUAGGUAUAGGUCCCCAGACCUGCUGUCAGACGGGAAUAAGUUGUGGAUAACCUUCGAGCGCGGAAAGUCGUUUAGCUCAUACAACUUCGACAUACUGGCUACGAGCGUCCCGUUAACUGAAGCUCUGACCUGUUCUUUGGGUGACGUGGAAUGCGGACAUUCGGUCUGCCUCAUUAACGCCUUGCAGUGUGAUACCAUCAUAGACUGCGUAGAUGGCACUGAUGAGCUGGACUGUGAUAAAGAACGUUUGCUGUUGAUUCCGGCCAAUGAGACAGCCCACAUUACUUCGACGUCAUAUCCAAGCAGCUACCCCAGCAACCUUAAUAUCACUUGGAUUGUCCAAACCGAAAUGGGUUGGAAGAUUCGCAUUAAAUUCUCCAGCUUUUCAACUUCUACUUACACGUACUACAGUGGUGAUGAUCUCCAUGCAGGAGAUGGUAGCAUUGCAGCCAACUCUCAGUUUUUUAAGUGGCGUGGGUACAGAACGCCUCCCGAUCUUCUAUCCACUGGCAGCGACAUGUGGCUUCGAUUCACCUCUGACGAGUAUUACAGCGGCUCUGGAUUUUCGUUAGAGGCUUCUUCUGUACCUUCUUCAGAAAUCUUAACGUCGUGCUCCCCAAGUGACUUUGACUGUGGUCAUCACUCUGUCUGCAUCCCUGACAUUUGGAAGUGUGACGGCUUUGUUGAUUGCUUGUUAGUUGCAGAGGGUGACGAGCAUAACUGUGACAAAGAUCGUGUUGUGUUCCUUGGGGCAUUGGAAACAGCCGAGCUAGGGUCUACAGUCUAUCCCAACUAUCCCAACAACAUUGAGAUAACAUGGAUCAUCCACACCGAAGAAGACCGCAAGAUUCGCGUCAAUUUCUCCGACUUCCAAACCGAGCAUCUGACUGACUUUGUCCAGGCAGGAGACGGCAACAGGAGCACAGACAACGCCUUCUUCCGAUGGAGUUGGGACAGGUUUCCACCUGAUCUGCUGUCCAGCGGUCCGAUGAUGUGGCUUACUUUCAAAUCAGAUAGCAGUAUCAAUGAUCGCGGAUUUUUCUUGUCUGUUGCCAGCGUGCCAGCUACAGAGGAAUUGACAUGUUCUCCUGGUGAGUUUGACUGUGGGCAUUCAGUCUGCAUAAGUAAUUCUUCGAAGUGUGACUCAAUAACUGAUUGCUUGGAUGGAAGUGAUGAAUUCGAUUGUGACAAUCGCACGAUAUUUCUCGAUGCGAACGAAGUUGCCCGGAUUACAUCUCCGUUUUAUCUCAGCCGCUACCCGAGAAACCUGGAAACAACCUGGACCAUACAGACAGAGGCGAAUCGAAGGGUUCUAGUCACUUUCCACGAUUUCUCAGUUUCUUCUCAGCGCGGCAUAUUCAAGGCAGGUGACAGCGGCGCUAACGACACGUUCUAUGUUUCAAACUGGUGGAGGUUUCCACCAAAUCUACUCUCCAAUGACCGGACGAUGUGGCUCAGUUUGGAUUCUGACAAGAAUUGGGUCGGAGGGUUUGACUUGACUGCUUCUAGUGUACCAUCAACUUACACCCUACCAUGCUCGUGGCGCAACUUUGACUGUGGUCACUCGGUCUGCAUUGAUGGCAGUUGGCGAUGUGACGGUCGACUGGACUGUUUUGACGACAAGGACGAACAAAAUUGCGAUAGCUGUGUCGGUCGGUGCUUUUUGGACGGUCCUCGGACCGGAGAUUGUUGGUGCGACGCUGCUUGCGAAAUGACCGGAGACUGCUGUUCAGACUACAUUGAGCAUUGUCAGGGAGCACAGAUGCCAACUACUACCGUACAACCAGAUGUCGAUGAAUGUAACCCGGAUGCGCCGUUGCACAACUGCGACGACAAUGCAAUCUGCAAUGAUACCUUCGAGAGCUUCACAUGCACCUGUAGAUCUGGAUAUGCAGGCAACGGCGAGUAUUGCACAGAUGUGGAACCGCCCAGCAUCACUUGCCCUGCCGACUUCACAGUCUACACAGACUGCAGAAAGAGCUACUCAACGGUCUCCUUGCCAGACGUCCAGUCUGCAUCCGACAACUCCGGCCAGUAUGCCAUCAGCAUAAACAUUGGCGGCUCGAUAUAUGAGGUUGGCGACACAACAACUCUCAGUCUGGGAGCAUCUCCUCACAUGGUGCGCUACACCGCUACUGACAAUUCCUACGCUGCAGACUGUGAUACAAACGUGACGGUGGCAGAAGUUUCCGAUGGAACAUUCUGUGAAGAAACCGGAUCCCCACCAAACUGCAUCUGUAAGUCAAACGAAGGGCUCGACUGCACUUGUUUCUACAAAAACUGCGGCCAUGACUGUUCUCAAUCCGCUGAGGGAGUUGAGUGCACAGGACCAGGCGUACCAUAUCCAAACUGCACAGAUGUCGACCGUUGCGAUCCUGGGCACUCUGGGCCACGCUGUGACAGUGACAGUAACACUCUGCAGUGUCCUGAAGUGGACAACCGCUGUCUUGCCGACGGACUGUCGUCCGCGCAGAUUAGUUGGACGCUCGGCCCCUCGGGUUCUAGCUCCAACGUAACUUGCACAGAUUCCUUGGACGGAGCCACUGUGGGGACUACCGGGGGUGUGUUUGGUGUUGGGACGCACCAUGUGGUCUGCUCCUCGGCAACUAAUGCCUUCCCAGACUGCCUAACUUCAUUUAGCAUUUCAGAAUUCCCGUCUGUGAUAGUACCAGCAGUCGGUGAUCAGUGCACGGAUCCAGGCCUGAACACAUCUACAGUGACAUGGACCGAGGUUCAUGCCGUUGACGCUGGUGAAGUCACCAUCGAUUGCACAGAUUCUGGUGAUGGCGUUGGUGUCGGUGUUGCAGGAGGUGUAUUUGGUGUAGGGCCACAUACCAUCACAUGCCGUGCUGUCAAUGAUGUUGGGUGUGCGGAGUCAAAGAACUUCACGUUCAUUGUGAUGGAGGGCAAUCUCGUCCCCUUUGGAGAAGAAAUUGGAGACACCCUGUUGUCAAGUGAACCGCAAGGGCCACACUCUGUAAAGGAUCUGAUAUCACGUACCUUCUAUCCACCAAACUUCUUUCCCUUCGGCAGCAAGCUUUAUGAAAAGAUCUACUUUACAGACAAUGGUGUGAUUGUUCUGUCCAACGACCAAAACCUUGAUAAACGAGCGUUCCCCAGUCCGCAGGGUGUAACUUUCCCCAGUAACAGGAUGAUGAUAGCGCCGUUUUGGGCGGAUGUCAAAGCCAACGCCUUCACUGCCACAGAUAAUGUGUUUUGGCAGGUGCACGAUCAGUAUGAUCCAAAUGUCAACCAGAACAUGCUGGAUGUUGCUAGUCUCAUAGUUUCAGCCAACUACAGUGGUUUCUCAGCAAACUGGGCUCUAUCUAUCACCUGGAGAAAUGUGAAAGCCAUAUCACCUUCAGAAGAGACAAAUACCUUCCAAGCUUUGCUUGUGACUGACGGAGUCCGCGCUUUCGUCGUCUUCAAUUACGAUCCCUGCGGCAUGAACUGGGACGCCAGUUUGUUACUCAACAAUAACGUCAUCCAGGGCUUCACCUCCGGACUCUUUGGCCCAACAGUGUAUGUAGACAUACCCGAUGGAUCACGGUUUCGUCCAGGUGGCAUAGUGGGCAAUACAGGGAAGACAGGACGCUGGGUCUACCGACUCGACAGCCUCCCGGACGGCUUUGUCAAUCCACGUUUGUCCUGCCACGAUUGGUACCACCGCCAGGAACCGUACCCACUAUUUGCCAUCCACUAUCCUCCGUUCGCAGACACGUGCCCAUGCAGUCUGUGGAACGCCAGAUUUGAUUGGAGAUACACUGAGGUCUCGCGAUCGGUCGUCUUGCCCGCUGAUGGGAAUUCAGGAUAUCCCGCCGUUUGCUACGUCAGGCUCUUCCAGGUUUCUUGGAUCCCCGGUCCACGGUGCUGCUAUAAUCUGUUCAGCCGGAAUCUUGUGUACGACGUGCAAAGUGCCAGGGUCGCGUCUGUCUUUGAGAGGUAUCCGCUCGGGCCUAUAUUUUACAGGGCCAACUCUGUCAACCAGUGGAAAAAUGAAGAGGCACUUCCACGCUAUUAUUGUUGUGAGAAGUCUACUCUUUGCGACCUGUACAGAACAUGGCGACCUCUAAUGACUUGCAGUUGGUACAGGCCCCCAGUUUGGGUGUGGGGCUGGGGAGACCCCCAUAUCGUAACGCUUGAUGGACUGGAGUACACUUUCAAUGGUCUGGGGGAAUACACACUAGCACUCAUCAAAGAUGACGAUGGACAACGAGUCUUUGAACUGCAGGGUCGCACACGACAGGCCGUGGAUACUGAGACAGGGGAACUUAGCCAGGCUACAGUCUACUCUGGAUUCGCUGCGGUGUACACAGACGAAGCAAAGAUUGAGAUCAAGUUGAGUGAUAAUGCCAUGGAUUUGGUAACGACUGUCAAUGGGACCGUUGUCACACCCACUGCCGAAGGAUUGCAGUUUGCUAAUCUUCAGGUAACGAGGGCGGAGAACCCAAUCAAAGUGAGCGUCAUGUAUUCUGAUUACAUCACCUUUUCCGUCGGGGUGAACAACAGCAUGGCCGACAUCACAGUCCUUUUCAACGAGGACUUCAAAGGCAAAACGAAAGGAAUUCUAGGUGUUUGGGAUGACGACCCAAGCAAUGAUGUUUUGACGCGUAAUGGCACUCUGCAAAUGGGCUCCGGACAAAAUGGGACGCUGGUGGAGAGGGACUACUUCGAAUUUGGCGAAACAUGGCGAGUUGUGGAGGAAGACUCUCUCUUCUUCUACCAGUCUCCUGCUGAAAGCUACGACUCCUUGAACGACCCCAACUUCACUCCAGACUUCCUGCAAGAUUUGAUCGACAAGGCACCGCCAGGCAAAUACAACGAGGCCAAAGCGGUCUGCGGAUCAAGCAAAGUGUGCCUGUACGACUCCUUGGCUCUGAAUGAUACCAGCAUCGGUAUGGCUACAUUAGCGUUCAAUGAGAUGAACAUGGAAAACAUGGCAAUCGCGACCAAUUUACCCCCAAACAUAACGCUUGUGGACUCCAUCGAAGUUAUUGUGGGCAAGAACUUCAUCCUGCAACUGGAAGCAGUGGAUCCUGACGGCGAUGACGUCACUUUCGACUUACUUGAGAUUGUAGCAGGGGCAGCCAUAACAGCCUCAGGUCGAUUUUCCUGGACACCAGAGGACAAGACCAAGGUGAAGAUAGGUUUCCUGGCAACAGAUGGAAAAGCAAAUGCCACCCUGGAACCAAUCGUGAAGCUCUGUGACUGUCAGAAUGACGGCACGUGCCUGUUUGAUCAGUACGCUAGUGGAGUGAACAUCGUUCAGGACCGAUUUGGGGUGGUGCUAUGCCAAUGUGAACCUGGCUGGUCGGGAGAGUUCUGUGAAGAGAACUACGACGCGUGCGCAGACAACCCGUGUUUCCUGAAUGUUGAUUGCGUGGAUGAGGAUCCACCCUCGUUGAACAGCACCUGCGGACCUUGUCCAGCGGGACUUGAGGGGGACGGGAAAUCGUGUCAAGACAUUGAUGAGUGCGAGCUGUACAAAGACCAGCCAGCUAGCGGUGGUGGACUGGGCUGCGACCAGAACUGUCACAACAUCCUCAUGAACUUCACGUGUAGCUGCAAUGCUGGAUACUUGCAUGAGGAUGGGAAGCGAUGCAUUGGAACAACCACUCCUUCAGGAUCAACCGAUACUCCAGGAAUCUGCAGUUGUGACGAGACAACCGAUACAGUGCGGUUUUGCAUUACUCACAUUGAUGGCAUGAGUGUUACUUUUGAUGCUGCUUACCUCGAUAGAACUACAGAUGAGUACAAGAAUUUAAGUUCAAGGGUAAUUAAUGCGUUCAGUGGUGAAAACAUGAUGGAAAUUUGUCCCACCGACGAGGUACUCACAAACACAGUUGAGUUCAGUAAUGGAAGCGCGAUUACAGUUUCUUUUGACAUCAGACAUUCAGUUUGUAACGAAGCUGACCUGGCAGAAUCAAUGGCCUGUGUGUUCCUGGAAGUCGGGAUCUAUCUCUAUGAUGUUUAUAUAAAUGAAUCAGUGACGUCCAUGAAAACAAUAGCAGUGUCUAAUCUCAUGCCGUCUACCGAAGAGUAA